GAUGCGGAGGCGGUUCGGGUGGAGGCAAACGCUGUCGCCGUCGUGGGUUUCGAGGACACUUGGGUUUGUAUACAAGAGCAUCGCAUGGAACUUGCACUCCUUAUCCUCCCGGCGGCUCGCUAGCACAAAAAAAAACAUACCCCCAAAAUGCCCCUCGUCCGCAACCCCAUCCUCCCCGGCUUCAACCCCGACCCGUCGGCCGUGCGGGUCGGCGCCGACUACUACAUCGCCACGUCCACCUUUGAGUGGUUCCCCGGCGUGCAGAUCCACCACUCGCGCGACCUGGCCAACUGGACGCUGGCGAGCCGGCCCCUGACGCGCGCGGCGCAGCUCGACAUGCGCGGCGACCCGGACAGCUGCGGCGUGUGGGCGCCCUGCCUGACCCACGACGGCGACCGCUUCUGGCUCGUCUACACCGACGUCAAGCGCAAGGACGGCUCCUUCAAGGACUCGCACAACUAUAUUGUUACAGCGCCCGCAGUCGAGGGCCCCUGGUCCGACCCCGUCUACGUCAACUCGUCGGGCUUCGACCCGUCCCUCUUCCACGACCCGGACAGCGGCAAAAAGUACUUUGUCAACAUGCUCUGGGACCACCGCCGCCGCCCGCGCCUGUUUGCCGGCAUCGCGUGCCAGGAGUUCGACCCGGCCACCAACAGGCUCGUCGGCCCGCGCAGGAACAUCUACCAGGGCACCGACCUCGCCCUGAUCGAGGCGCCGCACCUGUACAGGCGCGGCGGCUGGUACUACCUCCUCGUGGCCGAGGGCGGGACCGGCUACGACCACGCCUGCACGCUGGCGCGCGCGCGCGACAUCUGGGGCCCCUACGAGACGCACCCGGAGGCCCACCUGCUGACGGCCAAGGACGCGCCGCUGGCGCCGCUGCAGCGGGCCGGCCACGGCGACCUGGUCGACACGCCCGACGGCGGCCGCACGUACCUGGUGCACCUGACGGGGCGGCCGACGACGCAGCUGCGCCGGUGCGUGCUGGGCCGCGAGACGGCGAUACAGGAGGUCGAGUGGCGGGACGACGGCUGGCCUCGUGUCAAAGGCGGGCCCGUGCCGUCGCUGCACGUCGACCUGCCCGCGGCCCGCGACGACGCGCCCUACUGGGCCGAGCAGCUGUACACGUUUGGUGACGGUGAAAAGGAGCCGCUGCCGCAGGACCUGCAGUGGCUGCGCACGCCGCAGCCCGAGCGCAUCUUCCGCCAGGACCGAGGCCGGCUGGUGCUGAUGGGCCGCGAGAGCGUCGGGUCGUGGUUCGAGCAGGCCCUCGUGGCGCGGCGCCAGACGCACUUUUCCUACGACGCCGAGACGCUGCUCGACUACGCGCCCGCCGACGAGCGCCAGUACGCCGGCAUCACGGCCUACUACAGCCGCUACAACUUCCUGUACCUGACCGUGACCGCCCACUCGGACGGCGAGCGCGAGCUGCUCGUCAUGGCGUCCGAGGCCUCCUACCCCGAGUCCAAGCUGCGGGCAGAGUUGCUGCAGCAGCCCGUCCGCAUCCCCAACGCCGGCAAGGUCCGCCUGGGGCUCACCGUGCGCGGCCGGGACCUGCAGUUCUACUACGCCGUGGCCGCGGCCGGCGAGGGCGACGCCGACCUGAGGGCGAGGGACAUGGAAAAGGUCGGCCCCGUGCUGGACGCAUCGCUCGUGUCCGACGAGUGUGGCGGCCACCAGCUCCACGGCAGCUUCACCGGCGCCUUUGUGGGCGUGGCCUGCUCCGACCUCAACGGCACCGCGCUCGAGGCCAGCUUCGACUACCUCCUGUACCGCCCCGUGAGCCACCAUACAGACCGCUAUGAUGUGUGAGUAAACAGGCCUUUUCAUUUGGACAUGAGUGUACUGCACUACCUAGAAAAUGCCACGAGAAAGUCGCCAUCAACAAAAAACCCAACAAGAUCUCACCAUAAAGACCAAGCCGCGUGAUCCAACACCGUACACGUAGCACUGGC